UGAGCAUGUCGACUGGAGUUGAGGUGCCGGCCCUGCUCUGCCAAGGCUUUCUGAAGAAACGCAAAGACAAAAUGAAGCUUCGGUGGGUGACUUACUGGUUCAGACUUCACAACACAACGCUUUUUUUCUACACUAAGAAACAUGGAAGUGCAUUAGAUCUCAGAGGACAAUAUUACAUAUAUGAGGUUCAGUCUGUGCGAGAGGUGAGCAGACCGGAGAACAAAUGCUAUCUAUUUGAGAUCACAAUGAAAAACGGGAAGAAGAAAAUGCUGGCUGCAGAUACAGCUGAUGUAAGACAAGAGUGGAUGAACCAGCUGUGGAAAGCCAUGCUGCUCAAUGGACCACCUGACAGAACUGGACCUGUCACUGAUGGGGAGACGGUGUCAGGUAAAAAACCUGAAGCUCGGUCAAGCCUUUGUGAAAGUUCAUAUACUGAGACCACCAGCACUGCAAUGAACAGUAGAUACCUCUCUUUUGAUCAAGAGUCAUUCCAGUCCUUCGUUGAUUCUGACACACAAGAAAGUCUGCAAGCAGACAAUGAAAUGGAGCAGAGUACUGAAGAGAUUUUACUGACAGACUUUGACUAUGACAUUCUCCCACCACCAAAACCCACUGAAGAAACCAUCUAUGACACACACCCUUCCAACUGGCCAUCUAAUGAGGGAAAGCAUGUGGUAACUGAUAGCAUCUAUGAUGUCCCAAACUCCAUAAUCAGGAAAAUGACUGAUCAUACAAUUGGUGAGCAGUUGAAAAUUGCAUCAACACAUUAUUGUUACAAACAAAGAUGUUAUUUAAGCUAUCGGUGGGAUUUUCAUGUCUUGAUUUGUCCAAUGCCAAGUGCCGUUGGAUAUAAUCAAGUUAACUUGUUUGAAAAUUAAUAUGAAACAUACUGCAGUCCCCAGCAGUGGAUGUGUAUGAUUUGUUUGCUUUUGCAGAAUUUCACAGCAGUACUGGGAGGGCAGAGAGUGGAGGUCUUUUGAGUGACAUGAUAGCCUGUUUGGGCAGUGAAUCUGCUGCAUGGGUCAAAACUGCUCCUUUGUGAACCAUUUUGAGUCACUUUGAGCAAGAUGGAGAUAACAAUAAGUUUCUUUGAUGUUUUCUUUUUGCAUCCAAACUGUCAUCACUAAUGUGGAAUAAUGGACAAAUAUGGUCAUUAUGCAGUGUUUUAGAAAUGUGAAAACUGUUUCCUCUAAGGUAAGUAGGGAAGUGCCAAUGUCAUUUUCCAUUAUUGGUCCUGAACUCAUUCUAAAUAAAUAAAUAAAUAACUAAAAUGAACGUGACAAAAUUACAGACAGAUUAUAAACAGUCCAGUGACCGUUUGGAGGCAGAAGAAUAAUUCAGAGCAUUGUUCCACCCCAAUUAAACCACUGCCUAUAUGUUAUCAAUUGAAUGUGAUUUAUUGAUGCCUACUUAGUCAAAUUUAAAUUACAGAGCUCAUAUAAAAUAAAAGACAUUUUCAAACCUAGAAAAUUAAAUGCCAAUAAUUUAUUUUAUUUUUUUUUUAAAGCAAAACAACAAGCUGUCUUUUUCUAUGUAGUUAUUAGGGUUACUUUUACUUAUCCACCUUUUUCCUGAACGUGGAAGUGUUCCACAAUUCGACUGUUUCCAAUUUCCGGUCUCCAGUGUUUUCACUCGCAUCGGCGUAUAUUCUUAUUGGGUAAUGUAAUGUUUAAGGUAUUACGAUUUGUAAAAAUUGUCAAAAAACAUGCCGAUACUUCACAGAGACUGGUUUUUUUUUUUUUUUUUUUAUAGACGGUGCCUCACCUGAGUGUGUAGAUGACAUGAAGCAAUGGUCUGUGAUAAGUUAUGUUGAUAUCAUUAAUUAUUCUGAGCUGUUAUGACAGCUAACAACUGCACAAGUUGAGCCUGAAAUUCAUUUUUACACCAAGUAACACUUCAGUGGUUGUUGUUCUCCUCUGGUUCUUUCAUUUUGGCAGUUUUUAUUUGGCAUCUCGAGACCAGAAAUACAAAACAGGCAAUUAGAAUCAUCAUGGUGGCGCCCAGUGGUUGCUCAGGAAAAUUGUGGAUAGGGGAGACAGGAAGGCAGUUGUAAAGGGUCAGUUGUUUUGGGAGAAAGUAAAUUUAAAAAUGUGCAGAACAUUCGAUUGUGUCAUCAAUUUUUAUGUAAAUGAAACAGAAAUAUUCUUGUUUUGAUUGUCUUGUUGGUAAUCAGUUGGCAUGAUUGAGAUGUGUCAUUGCUGAAGUGUAGCUGCUUUGAAAAGAUGUGUAUUGUGAAAAAUGUUGGUUGAAAUUAUUUUUUAUUUUUUUUCAAAACUGUAAUCACGGAAAGAACACAUAACAUUUGUAUGUGUUUUACGCAUGUAAAUUUUGUUCAUAUUAACUAACAUUUACAAAGUACAAAAACUUUCAUAAAUGCAACAAAAGGCCUUGAUCACAGUCCGCGUGUCGUCACAUCCAGCUCCGAAUAGUAGCGAAACCAAACGUCCCACCAUCGAUCUGUCUGUGGACGAUCGCAGUUAUUCUAAAUAAAUUUAGCCAACUUGGAUGCACUUGACAGAAAACAUCAGACGUUUAAUUGUUUCUUUGGAUUAACAGCACUUCACCAUAUGUGUUAUCUAGCACUUUAAUGUGUAAUAGUAUUUGAGUGAGGCGAUUAUCAGCGCAAAGUUUUCCCAGUUCAUUAGGAGCUGCCCGCGCUGUUCAGCUCACUCUCGGAGGAUUAUUGUGCUCAACUCAAGUCCGAAGAGACAGCGUUUAAAGGAAUAGUUCACCCAAAAAUUAAAAUUUGCU